GGUACUUCACAUCACUGAAGACUACUAGUAGGCUACGCUCUCUUUUAUCUCCCCUGACGCUGUACGCAAAGAGGAACAGGAAAACAUAUAUAUAUAUCCACUCAGGCAACAAAGGGAGGAGAAAAGGGAAACAUAUAACCAAACCACAGCAAAAGCAAAGCAAAGCAACGUCGAUGGCGCUCGUUCCUCAUACCCAGGAGCUGCAGCGGGAGGUGCAAGCCGUGCAGCAACUGCGCCGCAGCCUGCACGACGCAUACAUUGCAGAAUCUGGCGCGGCCCGACGCUCUGCCAAGAAUGACGGCGGCAAGCCGCCGUCCGCCAUGGAGGUGCACCGCACUGUGGACGCGCCGACGCUGAACAUAUUGAAGUCACCCAACUAUCCCUUCACCCUGUGCGAGGAGGCGCCGCCGUCCUACGUGCCGCCGCCGGUGCCUUUCGACGUAGCGGGCGAGAUCGACUCACUCAAGCAGCGCGUGCUGCAGGUGCAGGAGGACCUACAGAAAUACCAGAAGCAGCACAGCCGCGGCGGCGCCCCGCUCAGCCGCACGCAGAUGCUGGACUUCUUCAGCCACAACGCGACGUACGCAGAGAUGGCGUGGGUGGUCUCAUCGCUGCAGUGGUUCUAUCGCUGGGUCCUUACGCACUCCAUCAGUCACUUGUGGAAUUGCAAGGAGCAGCUGGAGUACGUCUUGACGCAGAACGACGCGUCGCUGCCGCAGUCCGUGGAGGAGAUGGACCAGUGCCUGCAGGAGCUGCCCUUCUCGGCGGCCGUCUCCGUCCUCGACACGGACCGCCAGUCUGUCGUGGCGCAGGAGCGGCGCCGCCUGCGCUCUGUCAGCCGCACGUUUCGCGGCCGCCUACCGCCGGAGGCGGUCACCGUGGCCACCAGCAGUUACCUGACGCCGGAGGAGAAGUACAUGUACCAGGAGUUCUUCAACCAGUCGGAGCACAUGCUACUCCUGCUGAACCACACACUGAUGCUGGACAAGGCAAACAGCCACCUCAUCCAAGGCGGCGGCCGCCACAGCACACCGACCAGCGCGGCGGGAAUGAUGUCCAACUCGCAGAACUCCGCCCGUGGCGGCUCCUUCGAGAGCGGUGCGGUGAUGCUGACGUCGGACUCGAUGAUGGGGGAGAUGGACACGGCCGGGCUCGCCGAGGAGACGCUGAAUGCGGUGGCGGCAGAGCAAGAGGUGAUCACGACGCUCAUGAGGACGAUCCGCGAGCGCCAGCAGCGCGGCGAGUCCUUCGACGUGUCAGAGGAGGAGGCGCAGCACAGCCACAAGGCGCAGGUCGCCGUCUACGGCUGCGUCUUAAGCGACAUGAGUCUCAUGGGCCAACAGAUGAGCCUGGUGUCAGAGUUUGUAGACCACUACGAGGAUUGGCUGAAGUUGCGCGGCUUUCAAUCACACGAGGAGCUCAUGAGUGAGCUGUCGAAGCGCAGCGGGGGCACGGCCUGGCCAACGCUCAGCAUCCACGGCGACGCUGCAGACGGCCACGGCCAUUUUGUCCCACCAACAGAGCAGCUACAGGCGAGCUACCCACGUCCAGCGGAUAACAACAGCAAGAACAGCGGCGGCGCUCCGAAGGACACGUACACACAAUUCGAUUCCGCAAAGGGCCCACGCGCCACACCCACUAGCCAGAACUUUCUCGCCAAGGCACCGCCAAAUGAGAAGCCGACGAAGAAGGCGCAAGCGGCGGCGGCAUCGGAGCAGGUCGCACCAGCCUCGAGCGCCGCUUCUGAGCGCUCAAUGCCGUCACAGGCGGCGAAGAAGCCGGCCGCCGUCAGCGGGUCUGUCACUUCCCCCGCCUCCGACAACAUCGAGGCGCCGGGUGUGACGCCUGGCAGAGAGGUGGCAAAUGCCUUCUAUAGCAUCCUCGAGCAGAUGGCUGCAGCUCAUCCCUCAGGCGACGGCGGCGUUGCGCGGGCGUGGCUCAUCGCGACUGUGCGCUUCAUCGUCGUGAAGAUGGUGCGCCGCGAGUGGGACGCCAACAGCACGGCUCAAAACAUCGCACAGGCGGAGGAGGACUUGUUGGGCCUGCUGCGCCGCAAGAGCGCCUACGCGCGUCUGACCGCCUCGGCCGCCGCGCUGUGCGUCGUGGCGCAGGAGAUGGCGCGGCUGUGCGCGGCGCGAUGCGAGAUGCGUUCCCUCACGGCGGAGGUGCCGGUGGUGCUGCACGUGCCCGAGGACGCCGAUGACUACGCGCAGGCGGUGGCCGAUGUGAUGAACCCGGUGGAGCAGGAGCGAUGGGGCUGCGUGCUGGAUGCGCUAUGGUUCCAGACCGAUCCGUCCACCCAGUCGAGCGGUGGUCUCUUGCUGCAACAGACUGCGGCGACAGCGGAGGGCACGGCAUCGUCGCCUGUUCGCCCCAACGCGAGCGGCGUGCUGCACUUCCUUUACAUUGAGUCCAUCGACGCACCACCCACCCCACAAAACCAGUGCGUCACCUGCAUCAAUCUGCGCUACCGCCUGCCGCGCAUGUCACCCGCUGCCACGUCUAGCCGCCGCGUCGCCCCUACCCUGGCCGCCGUCUCGGGAGCACAGCCUUCGAGCAACUACGGCAUGUCUCGCUAUCAGCUGGCUCGCCGCGUGUUGGCGGCCUUCGCGGAGAUUGAGACCAGGGGGCUGCUGCCGUGCUUUGCGUGCCGCGUAGCAGAGGCUGCCACGGUACCGCUGUCGCAGGCGGUCUUUGUCACCUUCGACGACGCCAACACGAGCGUGGUGGUGGACGUGUCCCACACGCCGCUGCUGUGCGUGCUGCCUCCCGCCGCGAUUGAGCUGAAGCGGCUGUACGCCGAUGUCGGUGCAGCACCGGCCCCGGAGGGCGCGAAGGAUCAGUACUACACGGCGUACGCCUCACCGGUCAACUUCAGCACGAUCGGGCUUAUGGUGGGCGCGGUGCUGGAGGAGGUGGCGAUCCGCGUGCCGGUGCUAAGCGACCUCUACAUGACCGCCUCGACGGUGCGAGAACAGGCCCUGUCUGAGAUUCAGAGCGGGAAACCGAGCCGGUGCUUCACCAACGCCACAACUCACCCCAUUCCUGUCUCCUGCGCACCGGCGAAAACGCGUGCCAUCAGCAUUCAGCGCGAGUCGAUCGCGAAUCGCAACAGCACGGCGGUCCGGCACUUCAUCCCCCCGCUGCUGCGCAACAUUGAGGACAGAAUUGCGGCGAUCGAGCACGGCGGGGGUGGCGGCAGCGGCGGCAACAACAGCAGCAACGUCGCUCCACGAUCGCGCAACACAAACGAAACCCCGGACGGCUCCGUUUCGACGCCGCGUGGUGCAUCAGCACAAUCCGUCACGGGACGUCAGACACAAAUGGUGGGUGGGAAGGGCACCACAUCGCCGUCGCCGUCCGCCGUCCGGCCGAUCCGUCCUUGA